UUCGGAGGCCGGCAGAGGGCCACGAGGCGGUUGUCAGCGUCCCGGGAGCCGACCCUCACGGGCGUUGCGGCAGGCGGGGGAGGGGACGCGGAACGUUAAUUCCGUUGGCCCGAGGCUCCCGGGGGAGGUGAAGAGAGGUCGGCAGAUCCAGCUCUCCUGCUUGGCAGCCUGCUUAGUCUUUCUGAAUCUGGUACACCAGGGGUUGGAAAAACUACACUAGGCAAAGAACUUGCGUCAAAAUCGGGACUGAAAUACAUUAAUGUUGGUGAUUUAGCUCGAGAAGUCUGAUCAUCGGAUAUCAUGGAGUCUGGCAAGAUGGCUUCUCCCAAGAGCAUGCCGAAAGAUGCACAGAUGAUGGCACAAAUCCUGAAGGAUAUGGGGAUUACAGAAUAUGAGCCAAGAGUUAUAAAUCAGAUGUUGGAGUUUGCCUUCCGAUAUGUGACCACAAUUCUAGAUGAUGCAAAAAUUUAUUCAAGCCAUGCUAAGAAAGCUACCGUUGAUGCAGAUGAUGUGCGAUUGGCAAUCCAGUGCCGCGCUGACCAGUCUUUUACCUCUCCUCCCCCAAGAGAUUUUUUAUUAGAUAUCGCAAGGCAAAGAAAUCAAACCCCUUUGCCACUGAUCAAGCCAUAUUCAGGUCCUAGGUUGCCACCUGAUAGAUAUUGCUUAACAGCUCCAAACUAUAGGCUGAAAUCUUUACAGAAAAAGGCAUCAACUUCUGCGGGAAGAAUAACAGUCCCGCGGUUAAGUGUUGGUUCAGUUACUAGCAGACCAAGUACUCCCACACUAGGCACACCAACCCCACAGACCAUGUCUGUUUCAACUAAAGUAGGGACUCCCAUGUCCCUCACAGGUCAAAGGUUUACAGUACAGAUGCCUACUUCGCAGUCUCCAGCUGUAAAAGCUUCAAUUCCUGCAACCUCAGCAGUUCAGAAUGUUCUGAUUAAUCCAUCAUUAAUUGGGUCCAAAAACAUUCUUAUUACCACUAAUAUGGUAUCAUCACAAAAUACUGCCAAUGAAUCAUCAAAUGCAUUGAAAAGAAAACGUGAAGAUGAUGAUGAUGACGAUGAUGAUGACGAUGACUAUGAUAAUUUGUAAUCUAGCCUUGCUGCAUGUAACAUGUAUACUUGGUCUUGAAUUCAUUGUACUGAUAUUAAACAUGCAUGCUGGAUGUUUUCAAGUUGUGUUUUAGAAAACUUUAGUAAUAUUUAAUGAGUAAAUACAGUUACUAUACUUUUGAAAUGAAGGUUUUUCAUCAGCCUUAAAAGUGUAAGAAAAAUAAAGUUGUCAUUCAUU